AUGGCAGACAUCGCGCCGCAGGGCCGUCCUUUCCAGAAGAUACCCGUCGAAGUUCUCUUGCGAAUCGCAUACCACCUUCCCACGCCAGCUCUCGGCAGCCUUCGCCUGACCUGCCGCUCUCUGGAACAGGCUCUCUACACGACCUUUGUCAAUGAAUUCUUCGUCCGCAAGCAGUUUAUGAUUGCACUGGACAGCCUGCAAGCCCUGAUAGACAUAUCCAACAGUCGACUCGCCCACCACCUGCGCUUUGUCCACAUUGGCCUGGACCGCUUCUCCGAGGGCAUCCAGCGGCCUCUGCCAGACGACGAAAAGGAGCGCAGGUUCAGAGAGAGAUACGCCGACAACUUCACGCUGUGGAACACUGGGCAUCAUCGGGAUAUGCUGGCUGAGGCCUUUCGCAACCUACCCAAUCUGGAGGGUGUCGUCAUCAGGGAUGUCAACUCUCAACGUCGGUCGAGAGACGGACCCAACGCUGAGUGGCACAGCUACGGCUACAUGACGGUGUUUCACGACACCGGGGUGAGCUUGAGCCAGGGAAUGACUGGUAUCUGGAACUCGGGCUUCCCCUACCAGUACUGCAGUCAAAUAUUCGCAGCCGUUCUGUAUGCCCUGGGCGCCGCCAAGACUAAAAUAAAGGGCAUCGAAAUCUUGUCCCGGAACUCCAACCACCUACGGGAUUUCGCCUUCAACAUCCCCGAGUUCCUGGAGCCGUCCGUGGUUCCGGUGCUGCAGGGCCUGGAGAAGCUGCACCUGUGCAUCGACCUGUCCUGGCGCAGCCCGCACCUCGGGCUGCCCGUGCACACGGACUUGAGCCGAGAUGGCCCGGACCUGUUUAUUAGAAGAUUCCUGGCCCACGCCGCGAACCUCAGGAACCUGCGCAUCAAUGAGCAACGUACCAAUUGUGCUGGGCUGUUGAACCUCAUUGACUGGAUGAUCGACGGUAGCAGCCACGGAACGGCCAUUUCGAUGCCCAGGCUGGAAGAGCUGAGUCUCGGUACGAUGAAUAUCGACUCCCGCCGACUCCUUAAGCUCAUUGCCAAAUUCGCACCGUCGCUGCGCAGCCUCGAGCUGUGGAAAAUCACAAUGGUGCGACCCCUGCCGCCGAGUACGCCUGGCCCGGCGCCCAAGGAAAUGGGGAUGCUACAGCAACACUGGAUCGAGAAGCCGGUGCCGGCACACGUCACGUUUAGGGAGACGGGUCCAAUGCGUCAGUACACAGGACCGGACUGGAAACAAUUCAUCGCCGAGAUCAAGCUAUCGCUAGAGGUGCACUGGCCAUACGAAACAGAUGGGAUCGCUGACGGAGACAACGAGAGUUUGGAUGAAUGGCUCGACACGUGA